UUACCCAAAGUUGAACAUUCUUCAACUCUGGGCGAUAAGAAAAAACUUGCAGAGCGCACAAAAAUACUCAACUCCCCAUUGAAAACAACUGAAAAAAUACAUUAGAUUUGGGGAAAAAAUGCAUUGGUGGACAUGUGGUCUUCUCACAAAUGUUAUAUCUCAGUAAAGUUGAUUCAUUUCUAAAUUAUUUUUGUACUCCACUUGUUCUCUUUCAGGCAACGUGCUAUAGAGAUACUCACAGAGCUCACCAACAAAAUUAAUUUGGAGGAUCGACACACGUCAAAUAUGAUUAAUGCAUGCAGAGAUGACAUUUAUGGAUCUGCAAAACGUGCAUUCACUAGACGCCUGUUCGACCCAUAUAAGCCACUGGGAGUCAUGUUUAUGGAUCUUGGCAAUAACGCAGAAGGGGCAGUGGAUGAUGGUGGGCCAACAAGGGAAUUUUGUCGUCUCCUAAUGAAGGAUAUACAGAACAGGUGCCUGUUUGAAGGGCCAGAUCAUUCAAAAUUACUGGCCCUGGAUAGUCAUGCCAUCUCAAAAGGGGAUUACAAAUUGCUCGGAAAAAUGAUCAGUAUCUGCCUGAUUCAUGGUGGUGUAGCACCCCACUUCUUUGCACCACGACUGUUCAGUCUGGUUGUGGGUGAGGCUACAGAAGAUGUGGACCUGACAGAAAUUGUUGAUGAGGUGUUCAGGAGCCAGCUGCAGAAGAUCCAAGAUGCCAUAACCAUCGAGGAGACCAGGGAGGCUUUAGAAGAGGCUUCAAACAGCCUUUCUCUCCUUGGGUCUUUAAACAUCCAGUGUCGGACUCUGGAAGACAGGGAGAUAGUCGUCCAGUGUGCAGCGAAGUUCUACCUGGAGGGGCGACUUAAUGCUGCAAUGGAACAGUUUGUGGAUGGUCUGGGAUGUUUAGGGUUGCAUGCUGCAAUAAAGGCAAAUCCGAAACAUAUUCGAUAUCUGUUCCUGGCCAAAGAGGACCCGCUGACUGCCCAGGACCUUAUUUAUGUAUUCAGCCCACACUUUGCAGAGGAGGGAAGCAAUCACAGACGCAGUGAAAUAAGAACAUAUGCCUGGUUCCGUGACUUCUUGCUAGUAAGGAAGGUGGAGAAAUGCAAGUGGACCAAAGUAAAUGCCUUACUCUGCAAGAGGUUCUUGCCUUUGCUUCUGGGCUGGAAGAGUUGCCCCCACUGGGAUUCAAAAACCAGCCAAUCAUUGAAUUCAUACAUACUGACCGCAAAUUCCCUGAAGCCAACACAUGUGAUGUAGUCCUCCGCCUACCAGUACACAGGAGCUAUGAGGAGUUCAGCAACCACAUGUGCAGUGGGAUUUUGCAGGCCACAGAGUUUGGAAUGGCAUAAAAGUCAUGUUCUUUGUGUUGUUUUGUUUGUUCUAUCAGAUUCUAAUCAAACUGAAGUCAUUCAAAUAAAGAAGUAUUCCCAA